AUGCGCACUUCUGCUGUCAGAAGUGCUGUCGAUCCAAAUGCUGCUGGCGAUUGGACAAAAUUUGGUAAAGGAGACGUGGUCAGGAAGAUGAUGCAGGCCAUGGGCUACAAAGAGGGCGAGGGUCUCGGAGUUUCGGGACAGGGAAUUGUUGAACCAGUCCAGGCCACGGUUCGUAAAGGACGUGGUGCCGUGGGAGCCUACGGAAAAGAAGCAAUAGGGCCAAGAUUUGGCGAAACGGCUGCCGAAGCUCAGCGUCGAGAAGCUAGCGAGCGUGAGUCGGGCAGAAUAGUAGAAGAACAACCAUCAACUCCACAAUUGAAAAAUGCGUGGAAGAAAGCGGCAAAGGUAAAAACUCGCUACAAGACGCUGGAUGAGGUCAUAGAAGAAGGAGGUUCUAUCGGAUUCCGUUCUGCGGUGCAAACCGGAGUGAAAGUCAUUGAUAUGACUGGUCCAGAGCAACGAGUGUAUAGUGGAUAUGAUUCCUUCUCUAUGAAGGGCAGGUACGUUUCACGAUUUGCUGUAUUCGUUCGAAAAUGGAUAAGCUGCAGGCCUUCGUUCAACGAUAUCAGCGAUCGCGAAAAUUUCGAUGUGCCUGAACUUAUGCAUAAUCUGAACUUGCUUGUCGAUCUGACAGAGGAGAGCAUCCGAAGAAAUGAUCACCAGUUGAAAACGAUCAAGGUAAGUGUUUGACU